AUGGAGGGGAAUAAGCGGGUGGCGGUCGCCGUGCGUGUGCGUCCCGUUUUGCGGGAUGGCACUAGUCAUAUGCAUAUGCAGGAAAAGUUCGAGCUCGAGGCCGUUCAGCGCACGGGCGACACAACACUGAAGGUCGAGCUCCAGCGACAGGGCGAGCCCACGCGAAGCAGCGUGUUCACCUUCGACCACAUCUUUGACCAGGAGAGCACCCAGCUGGAGGUUUACGAGGAGGCCGUCGUGGACCUCGUUGACGCCGCCCUGUCAGGCGUCAACGUCACGAUACUUGCCUACGGCCAAACAGGGUCCGGAAAGACGUACACCGUGCUGGGCGACGUGAAGCCCAACCCGCUCGAGAAUGACCUCCUGACGCACGAGAGCGGUCUCUUCCUGCGCGUUUUGAGUGACUUGGCGGAGCACAAGGCCCGACAGGCAAAGAAGGGCUUCCACGUCGUCAUUGGGCUUAGUUGUGUGGAGAUAUACAACGAGAAUAUUCGUGAUUUGUUCGGCGGAGGCCCGGGGACACCGCCGCCGCCGCUGAAGGCGGUAAUGAUUGGAGAUGAGGUGCUUCUCCCCUCGCUCAUCACAAAGGAGGUGACCUCGCUGCAGGCGGUCUUCAAUGAGAUCCAGCUUGCCAUCUCGCGCCGCAAGAGUCGUUCCACGGAGAGCAACUCCACCUCCAGCAGAAGCCACUGCCUGUUCAUUAUUGACAUUCUGCAGCAGGCCGCCACCGCCCCCGCCCCAUCGCUCUCUCUGCUGGACACAAGAAAUAAUACCAAAGAAAAGGAGGGUAAACGUGUGGUGUGCGACGGCAGUGGGGUGGGGGAGAUGCCGUUUGACGGCAUGACCUACCGCAUCAACGGCCAGCGGGAGCCUGUCUUUGGAAGCAAAAUCAUGCUGGCGGACCUGGCUGGCAGUGAGAAGGUCGCAAAGAGCGGGGUCUCGGGUGAGGGGCUGGCGGAGGCCACCUCCAUCAACAGCAGCCUGACGGCGCUGGGCAACGUCGUCCAUAGCCUUUACGAGGGCGGCUACGUCAGCUACCGCACCUCCAAUUUAACGCGUCUGCUGAAGCCGACGUUCAGCCAGCAAAACUCGCGGGUUCUGCUCCUGUCGCAGGUUUCCCCGACGCGGCUGACAUUUGACGAAACCAUCAGUACGCUGCACUUUGCUAACAAGGUAAAGGCGAUGAAGGUGACAACAACGACAGGCGCAGAGGCCGAACGGCUCCUCUUUGAUUAUCUGGAGACAGAAAAGGUGUGCGGCGCGCUGCUGGCGGAUCUUCGCAUCUUUGAAAUCGAAACUGAGUCAAAGAGCGCCGUCAUCCGGAGAAGGUGCAGACAGAAUGGGGGCCUGUACUAUAGUACUCUCGCCAGACCAAAGACAGUGACCAGCUUGAAGGAGCGACGCUCCUCUGUUGAGAGCACCGGCGCUCUUCGCGUUGCCGCUGAAGAGCGCGACGCAAUAGUAAGACAGCGGCAAGAAAAGGAAAUGCACCAGGACGAGGAGCUGAGUCAAAUGGUACAUGAAUCGGCCAACGGGACGGUUGUGGAGUAUGCCAACCUCAUGGCGGAGACGAGGGAGUCCGUAGUCCAUGAAAAUGCCGUUUCCCAACAUCUCCUCCUUCAGGCAUUUCAAGUGGAGUCGUCGGGCGCGGCCUCUGUCAUUCAGACGGAGGAAGCGGCGAGGUUUGCGGUGUUGAUGGCGCGCUUUGCCGCGGAGCACAUUGCCUUUUGCAAGAAACAAAUAGCGGCGAAUGAGGGCGAACAGGAGGUCAUCAACAAGAAACUCAGCGCGACGCGACUUUUGUCAAUCGAGGUGCCUGAGAUUGCGGAGGACAACCUUAAAUAUGCCCAAGCAUGCUGGGGUCACACCACGGCGAAGAAGUUCUUCGCAAGGUGCAUGGAACUUCGCGAGAUUCAGGCACACUGCGCAGCGCUGCAGCGGGGCUGUCUUGCCCUGGAGGAGUGGAAGGUGAAGAAUAGGGAGUUCAUACAGCGGGUGCAGGAGCAGAUGACACAGAGAGUAUAG